AUGCCUGGGUGGUGGAGCCGCCGCAGUAGGUUCGAGACUUCAGCAGCGAAGACAACCUGGGAGACCGUUCUGGACCUAUUUCCAUAUAUGGAUAAGAACACGUCGAAAUACACCGAGAUCCUGGGUCGAGCGGCGAUUGGUGAACCGGCCGCGUACUGGAACCAGAAAUACGAGAGAGCUCGGGAGUCUAUGGAGAGCAUUGGCUGUUCGAGCAUUGGCUAUGCUGCCAAGUUGGACGAGUUGUUGUUCCCUGAGCGCGCAGCCGAGCAGGAGGCGCACAAGAAGCCCGCUGCGCCCGCCAAUCCGGAUAAGCCGAUCCCUGAGAAGGUUAUAAAGAUCAAGAAGCCUAAGGCUCUGGAUAUGAAGCUAACUAAGAAGGUAUCUAUAGAGAUGAAGGCGAAACGCAAGAGGCAAGAGAGGGAGGAAAUACGUUUGGCUCGAGAGCUCCUCGAGCGUCCACUCGCAAUCCAGGCUUAUCCCCAACGCCCUUACCAGACUUAG